AUGCCUGAUUUCUCACACUUGCCAGCAUAUGUGAGAUCCCUUGUGCCUUUAUUUAUCGAGGAUGGAUUAAACGAAUGGACCCAACGGUCAGAAGCUAGCGGAACUGACGUUGCCUUGCUUGCUUCUUUAUUGAAAAAGCCGUUGCGCCCUCUAUGGAUAUCUCAAAAGACAAUUUGGUUGAACGAACUUCCAGACCAUGAAUCAUGGGAUUUCACACCCAUCAUUCUUGUUUCUGCCUCUGCCUCUGCCUCCGAUGGUGUUGUACCACACAGGACUAGUUCAGAAUUUAGCUGGAAUUACGUAGCAAGAGCCGGUGAUGAUGAAGAAAGCUGGGCAAGGGGUUUAACACCCACCCUCUUCCGGAAUCAUGCCUAUGAUAUUAUAAAUGCCUGGCCUGUUUUGUGUAACCAGAUGGUAGCUGAUAUGGUUGAGAAGGAUCGAGUUUAUCGUGCUCCAAGGGGUCAAAUUGCCCCUCAGGUUUCUGUCAACGCUCCAAAUUUGGUAGAAAACUCGGUUCAUUGUUUGCACGAACACUUGACGUUGCCCUUGGAUAAUUCAAACACAAAUAUGGAUUUAAAUUCUUGUGACGAAGAUUGUGCUAUAUCGCGGCUGGGUUCAACAGGUCUUGCUGUAGGCAUAUCUUCAACCGCUGCAGUAUGCAAAGUUGACUGCAUACUAAAUUGUGACCAAGAGUCGAUCUCUGCUUCUCAUCAAAAUGCUAAAGCAUAUAUGCAUCUUCCUAUGGUAACAUCAAAGCUUGAUCGGUUUUCCUUGUUUAAUAAUCUCCCUUCUGCUCUGAACUUUGCAAAGUUGAAUCUAAGUGAAGGGAAGACCCUCCUAAUUUGGUGCCAUAACGGGGAAGAUAUCAGCUUAUGUGUAUGUCUGGCAAUCUUGACUUCAGUAUUUGAUGAUAGAGGAACCUUUGAUGGUGGAAGAUUCUUCAGAGAUACAUGCAUUACAAAAUUGGAAAUGCGGAGAAGACUCGUAACUAUCUGUAAAUAUGUAGUAAAUGCCAGGCCUUCAUGAGGAAACCUGAAGCAGGUUUUCGGUUUUCUUAAUGGCCGAAAAGAGCUGGUGCAACAAGACUGCUUAGACCUUAACUCGCAGAAUUAGUUCGACUACAUUUUCAAAGCAUCUGUGCCGAAAAUAUACAAGUUGCAUCCUUUCCUGGCUAUACUUGCAAAGCUGUGAUGUGUUGCGUUUUUGAGAGGGAGGCAUGGAGUUCGUAUAAAUGAGUAAGAAUUGUAACAAAGAAAUGGAAACGUGAG